GCCCGCGCAGGCUCCAGAGUCUAGAAGCUCCAAACACCACGCCGUCGCCAUCACCACCCACGGGGCUUUGCGGAGACGCCGUUUGGCGACUGGGGCCGCGACUCUAGGGCGAAUAGCAUCACCGGAUUCCAGCUGAGAUCCGGGGCACCCCAUGCCCUACAACCAGGGGGAAAGCACCCAUCCUCGCCAAUUAAACAGCACGGUUCCAUGACAGGACCGAGAUGAGGUCCCCUGUCCUGGCACUACCACCACCAAGCAGUUGUUGAAGCUUUCCUCUCUCUCGGGGCUUUCUGGUCCUCUCUUUUUCCGAGUGUAAAUGCCCUCGUUCUCCUCCACCGCCGAGCUCCGGUCUGCCCUACCACUUCUCAUCACCAGCUCCAUCUCGGCCUGCGCCAACGCUCUUUUACUUCGUGAUAGUCAUCCGUUGAACAUCCACACGGCUACCGUCGUCGCCAGAAGAACGACUCGCUUUCCCACCGCAACAAUUACAAACACAGCCCUCCGACAGGCCUCCCGGCAGCUUUGCGAUCGACAUCGAACCACUCGCACUCCUCGCCGCCCCUGCGCCCCCACCAUCACUCCCUAUCGUCCACCAAACAUCAACACAACAACAGCGACAGCAACAGCAACAGCAACAGCACAUUCGUUUAUCAUUACUGCUACUAUUCAUCAGAAAGCCAGAUAUUCAGGGCCAAUUCUCAGCAAACUUCGACGGGACGAGAAUUCCCUCGUCAUGGCACACAUAAUAUCACCUCAGAGCAGCUUUGGUCAGAUCACAAUGCAGUCCGCCUCUCUUCCCCGCCGAACGUCUUCUCUACGAUCUCGCGCUCGCCGUGGGAUAAGUACAGAUGAGACCGAGGCUCGACACGUACCGGACGAAGCCAUUGCCACAGCUCUAGCCCAUACCGACGACCUGACUGAGAACCGCUCUACACGAUCAGCUUCCACAGCGUCCCGAACCACACAUCGUCUUUCCCUGACACUUCCGAUCGCGCCGCCGAACCCUAAUCCCUCGCGACCCAUACCGACCUCGACGACUACCGCCUCUUUUCCAUCAACCCCUUUAGACACCCCAGCACUGACGUCGCCCUCCGAUAUCAAUGACUUUAUCACCGCAAUUGCAGCACAAGAGCGCCGUGUUCUUGAACUCCGCGAAGAGCUUUCUCGUGCCGAGUUGGAUUUGGCCAAGCUAAAAAAGCAGUGGGCGACCUAUGAAGCUUACAAGAAACGAGGCGAAAGGCCGUUGCGUUCCGUCGGCUUGGUCCCGACUUUCCAAGAUGAGGAGGCAACAAAAAGGGCCGUGGAACUCGACAGAAGGAAAGCAUUGCUACAAAGCCUACAAAACCAAAAUCAACUACUUCCCGAGAACGGGCGCCGCCGUGUUUUUCAAGGAGGACAUGCACGCACACUAUCAUUGCUAUCACCUACAAAACCAAGUAGUGACUUCCCUGGGCGCGGUGAUGGAUCAGAAAAUAGUCGCAAUGUUGCUUUCAGCCCGACAUAUCGGCCAAAACAUCAAUCUUGGGCCCCCCAAACCUCAUCACAAACUGUUGGGGUCAAAGGAAUUGCCCAGGACCUCAGGAUGGGAUUGUGGACUUUCAUGGAAGAUCUGAGGCAAGCUACCGUAGGAGACGAACCCGUCACCGGACAGGGCAUGUACAUGAGAGGCGCGGACGGCAAGUUGAGUAUGAUGCCUAUGCCGAAGAGCGGCACGGCUUCCUCUAGCCACACGGGAGGGCAAGAUGGAUUCAGGGCAUCCGGUCUGAACACCCCGAGGAACCGAUCUUCUACAGCAUCCGACUGGGCACCCGCCGUGCCCAUAUCGCGGUCCACCAGCCCUCCUAAGAAAACUCAGGAUUCGACGGCCGAUGAGUCGCUGAAAUCUCCGUCGCGACCUGCCCCAGCACUGAUGCGAUCCAAAACAGAUGCAUCCAGGUCACCCAAGCGAUUUUCUUGGACUCCCCUGGCGAUGGACUCGGUUGACGACAAUGAUUGGUCAAAUUGGGAACCUACAGGUACUGCAACAUCUACAAGAUGGAGUGGAACUACGGUUAACGGCGACAUCAUUCCAUCAACAACCUCCGAAAAGCGAACUGAGAACGACAAAUCUGUGUAAGGGCAAUCCAUUAUUUUCUCUUACUCUCUCACAUCCUACAUGGGUAUCAUAUCCAGCCGUAUGUAUACAUGUCCCAGUUUGUUUUAACAGGGCCAUCAAAUCCACCAGAAAUACGAGCCAAUACAUAUCACUUCUUCUAUGAGUAGUGGAUUGUGAUUCAUAAACGGCAUAUUAUAUCUUCUUCUGCCACCCAUCAGAAUAUAUUGAAAAUUUUAAAGAAGAAGAAACAGAAGUCCUCCAGUUCGGGCAAGCAACUCGUUGCGGCCGCCUCCGGCCACUCUCCUGCACUAGUGACUACGUCGACCGAUACCAUGCUUGAGGAUCCCUCCACACCCGUCCUCACCAAACUCAGGCCGGACAACUUGAAUGAAACAGCCAAUUGCUAAAAGGAGUGGGAG